GCCGGAAGCGAGUGGUCCGGGAUGGAGGAGGCGGUUUGGUAAUCCCGCUGUCCCCAGCCCUGCCCAGCUGCCAUGGCUCUGAUUGAGGGCGUGGGGGACGAAGUCACCAUCCUCUUUGCCCUGCUGCUCAUCCUGCUGGUGCUGGUGCUGGCAUGGGUCUCGACGCACACCUCAGAGCGGGGAGACCAGGUCUUUGCUGCCUCGCCCCCUCCGGCAGCUGGGCAGCUUGGGGCAGAGAGCCUGCUGGAGGAUGGGCCGAGGGAACCCAGCAUGCAAACCCCAGCGGCAGGGGAGCCCAAGGAGGAAGCGGAGUCUUCAGCAGGUGCCGUGCCAGAUGGGCCUGAUGGUAUUGCCGCAGGGCUGAGGCACCGGGCCAACCCUGGAUCUCCACAGUGCCCCCUGCAGCCCCCUGGAGACACAGGUGCCAGCCCCGAGGCCACAGACAGCAGCCCCACGGACCGCACCAUAGUGCUAAGGCUGAAGUUCCUGAACGACACGGAGCGCCUGGCCACGGUGUGCCCAGAGGAGACGGUCGGCUCUCUGAAGAGGUGA